AUGCCUUCGCGAUUAACAGCUGCUGUUCUGUCGGUAGACGCGGGUAAGAUGCAUGAGGUGGAUACAAGAAAUGCAGAGUCUCUGCAUGGAAUGUGGAUGGUGUUUUCCAAAUGUGCGGAUUUUAUGGAAGAAGGACGGCGACUGGAAAAUCUAAGUUGGAGACUAUGGACCAGGGAGACCUUUUGCGUCGAACCACUCCAACAGGAAGCCACGCAACUAGAGAUCCGAAGCUUACGGUGUGGAUCCCGGGAGAUCCCAGAACUGUCGUCGAGCGUGGAAUCCGCGGAGUCGGACGAGGCGGAACAGAUAGAGACUCACAUCAAACCCUCUCAGGCUCUUGACGUAAAGCCAGCCAUUAUUGAAGAUGAUUCUGCAUUGAGCAUUAGUCGAGGGAAGGAAAAGCACAUUACUUCGUUGGGAUUGGAAAGAAUGGUAUACAAUAUCAAGGAGAAGAAGUGUUUGGAACCGCUGUCGCUACCUAACACCCCAUCUCAACGUGGGGUUACUGCUACAACUCCUGUUGCGGUUGAUCUUACACCCGGUCCUUCUAUGCCCGCCCCUACCCCCAUCGCAAGAGAACCACAACAAGUCCUCCCUCACCAAUCAUCAGAUUCGUGCUCUACGGCUGCUCUCGGUGGCCUGGAGAGUGACCACACCUCUCCCGUGGGAUCAGAUACAAGUCUCUCCUCGUCUGGGCGUGUGGAGUCAACAGGUAUCGAUGAGUCUACAAGAAUCGUUCGCGGGUUUUCUCCAUCUCAAAUUUCCUCCUCCUACCGGUCACGUCCUCAAAUUUCUUCAAGCCCCACGUCAUCGAAUACAAGUGUUCCGGUAGCAUCCUCACCGCUCAAAAAGGCGGGCGGAAUGUUUACCCUUGGCGGCUCGUCAGGUGAGGACGAGAGCUCGUUUGAGGAUCGCAUGACAGAAAAACCUCAACGAAGCUCACUGUCAGAUGGCCUUCAGCAGACUGGCUCCUCCAUGAAGAUGGCCUUGAUCAAGAAUUCCAUGGAAUCUGCACCUGUAAGAGCAAUUAGUGAAGGCUCUGAUGAUGAAGAUGCCAUCGAGACGGAUGAUGACGAUGAAGAGAUUUCAGAGAGCGCCAUAGAAGAUGAUGAUGAUUCUUCAGAGUGGGAAGACUCGGUUACUGAAAGCGGUAGAUCGAGCGUCGACGAAAAGGAACUCUUCCAGCGCGUUGACUCGCGGCCUAAUCUUGUCUCGAGACGAUCACUACUGACCAUGAUGAUCCAUCAACCGCAACGUACGAUGAACGGACAGCUCGCUGGCAAGUCAACGUGUCCCGCUGGAUCCCGAUCAACACCUGCCCUCCAGCAAUCUCAUCUGGCAUCCCCCAAUGAAGAUUCCGCCCCUGGAUCAAUAGAAGAUGAUGAAAAUACUCUCACUAUGAAAGGGCCCGAUGUACCCAGGUCAAAACCCAUCAUCGUCAAAUCAAUGCCCACCCACCAAAUACCACACUCACCACGAACGACGCGGAGGAACAUGCUUGCGACCGAGUUGACAGAGUCGCUACGGCGCCAUCUGCUCUGGGAACGACAGCAAAAGACCACACCGGGUUUUAAACGCAGGCAUACUGCGUAUGAUAUGGGAAAUUUACAGGACUUCCCCGGGUCCAAGAAUAACAACAGUAACGCGAACAUGGAUGUGAACGUUAACUUGACCAAUAUGAACGGAGUACAGACAGCGCAGAGGUAUGCGCAAAAUAUCUCGAGCAACUCCGGUUCUAGGGACAAGGAGACAUCUAAGAAUAGUUCGUGGAAUCAUUACUUCGACUACGGACCGUGGGAAUAUCAUGUAAAGGGCUGGUGA